AUAAAGCUUUCAGUACACAUCGAGCUGCUCAACUGGAGUGGUGCACGGAUUGGAUUAAGUCUACUUCAACAAACAAACAGCAGGCUCGCCACUGGCUGGGAGCUUGGAAUUGUCUAGUUGCUUUGUACUUAACAGUAUUGAGGAAAGAGUGUCAUAAGUGGAAGUGCCUGUUUCGAGAAAUAAACGGUUGCACAUUGAAGCAUAAUGUGGAAGGUUUGCGUUGUGUUGGGAGCCCUCUUACUGGGAUACAGUAAUGCAGGGAUCGCUUCCUGGAGUGAGGAUAUCUCAGUGCACAACAAUGCGGCCGUAACUGGAAUACACUACUCCCAGCACGAAUCGUCCGUGAAUGCGGCACGAAAAGCUGCAGCAGAGCGUUUGCAACAACAUCAGGCCGCGGCAUUAGUGGCGGGCAGCGGAAGCUCUACUGGACCGUGUGAUACUCUGUGCUACAACAGCUACGCCGCCGAUGCUGGUAGUGAUGCCGAAACGAUCGGACAGGGUAUUGUAGGCUUUACCUCCACUGGUGCAGCCGGUGCAGUUGGUUCUUCGCAGAAAUAUUCGGCCAGUUCGUCGCGUAUGUCGGAGUCGUCGGUACAGAACGUAGCCGUUCCGGUGGUCUACCCAGCCGUUGCGUCUACGGCAGGCACACGCUCCAGCUAUUCUAGCUCGUCCUCCUCAAGACAGCAGAAAGUUCACAGUAGCGCAGGUGUAGCUCAGCCCGUUUCGGGCGCUCUCUACAGUGCCGAUCAUGGAUUGACCCGUUCGAGUAUCGUGCAGCCGGUGGUGUACCCGGUGGCCGCACCUCAAACACACGCCGCUCAGAGCAGUUACGAACGGUCGAGCAGUGAACGGUCGGUUGUAAGCCGCCCAGUAGUUAACAGUGUUGUGUACACUCCUCUUCCCGUGGCGGGUGCUAGCAACAGCUACAACACACGCUCGAGUUUCGCCGCUGCUUCGAACGAGCAGCAGGUUGUACAGCCGGUCACCUACCCGGCAGCAAACAAUGACUAUUCCAGGCGCUACGUUGCCCAGCAAGAUCACACCCAGUACCGUCAGUAUCCGUCCACAUCGAACACGUACGUGCUGUACUCGAAGCCGAUCGCCUCCUCCGUGCAGUACUAUGCACCGUCACGAUCACGCACUGAGGAAGCAGCAUCCAGCACGUCCUAUGACGCUUCCGGACGAGUGGUGAACUUGAACAUCGCCCAACCAGUGCACUCGGAGCGUGUCAACGAACAGCGAUCGCAGCAGCGUGCCGAAUCGGUGCAAACUGUACAGCGCCAGUCGGAUCUCUAUCCCGUCCGGGCAGGGUACGAUCAUCAGGAAAAGGAAGCAGUACAACACCACCAGGAGGUUGAUUACGAGGAUACAGUUGAUACGCUGGUGACUGACCGUCCCGUGAGACUGCUCACACCCACGGUUCCGGCCGCUUCGUCAGCGUCUUCACAACGCCGCACCGAGCAACAGAGUUCGUACGUUCGUACGGGAUCGUACGUUCCCAACACUGGUUCCAGCACCCGAUACAACACUGCCCAAUCGAUGGAGGGUCAGCGUCGUCAAACGUACCACUCUGCACCAACAUACGUCGCACCUGUUCCUGUGACCGGAUCUGUUUCAUCCUCGAAGUACGAAAGUGCCGCGGAGUCCCAACAGCGACACACCCAAAACUCACUCAACGUUCCGAUCGUAAUACAGCCCGCUCCAGUGAGUGCUUCCUCGUCGGCUUCUCGGUAUGCAUCCUCAGCACACGAACAGCGCACCGGAGCUAGUGGUCCUGUCUACUACGCACCGGCGGCUGGAGCAUCUACAUACGGUUCGCAGUAUUCCAACACCGCUGCCAGCUCUUCGCACAACAGUCGAUACAAGGCCGGAAGUGCAGGUGGCUUCGUACACUAUCCUAUCGCGAACGAUGACUUUGGACGUCGGUUCGGUGCCGUAGGUGGAGCGGGAGGUUUCGGUGCGGAAACGGACCUACAGGACAUUAUGAGUGAGUCGGAGGCCCUUGCCCGGCUGCAGGCUCAGAAUGUGCACAAUGGUGCCGUGACGGGAAGUGGAACGAUCGAUGCAGAAACUCGUUUUGGAGGCGAGUCGGACGGUUUGGGCACAAUGCCGGGUGGUUACCAGCGUACCAAGUCUUGGUCUAGCAGCUCAAAGUGGGCCUCAGAGCAGCGUUAUGGCGACGAUGGCAAACCCAAGACGUUCAAUAUGCUCUCCACUGCCGAAAGCGAGAAGCACAACAUCAAUGGAAAGACGACAGGAUAUAAGGCAGCCACCACGACCCUGGAUGACGAUGGAAAAGUCAGCACGUACAGUCUGCACACGACGUAAGGAGGUUUCUUCCUCAGUUUGUUUGCGUUAUAGUUGAUGUAAUUAAGCAUUAAUUUAUGUAGUUUGUAAGACAUUCGUUCAAUAAAGUAUGAAGUCAUCUCUUAGA